CUCAUUUCUGUUCUCUAAUUUAUUUUUUAUUUGACAGCACGUUUGUUAGAUGAUCUAUUUAAUUCACAGUAGUUCAAAGUUGAUCUUAAUAUUUAUUCUUCGAUGCUGUAUGUAAGGAGAAUGUAUUUCUCUUAAUAAUAUGUCUUUUUUGAGAUUUUAAGAUCAAUUUUCUUUCUUUGAAAAUAAUUAUUGUUCUAUUGCUAUAUUUUAUAGUUCUCGAUUUUUUAGUGUUGUGUGUAUAUUAAGCUUCUCGAACACCUUGUAUAUCAACAGAAGUAAACUACUUUUUAUUGUCAGAUGAUACAUAUAUAUGUAUCGUAUACAUGAUACUGUCAGGUGAUACUUCAAACCACUAAACUACUAUACGCGUGUAGUAUACUAUAUAGAGGGCUACACAAUAGCCACUACGUUCGUUUCAUUCAUCUUCAUGUUCGUGCAUGUGCGUUUGCCUACAGUACGCGCUAUUUUCACCGCGUAAAAACUCCGUUGGUUUAGUGGGUUUAGAGUUUAGAUUAUCGGAACUUUCAUAUAAUAAAUUGGCAGUUGCAGAAUUAAAUACAUAUGUAUUAGAAAUAAUGGAAUCUCUGCAAGAAAUUUCUAAAUAUCUAAGCCCCAACAACCGAUUUGACCUGAGACUUUGCGCACUGAACCAAGUUCUCCAUGUAACGGCGACUACCGAUGGCCGAGAACUCCUGUUGAAGUUACCAGAAACAUUGAAGCAACUUGUUAUUCUUGUGCAAGAUUCUUGCGCUCCUAUUAGCAAAUGUGCUGCACAGACAUUGGUAAAUAUUACCGGAGAUGAAUCAGGAACCAAUGCAAUGCUGAUUAUUUCAGAGUCGAGUAACUCAACAGAAAAAAACAAGUCUGCCGUUUUGACUGCCCAAGAACCCAAUCAGAAUUUAAUAAAAGUUUGUCUGAGUUCAAUAAUGGAUAAAUCCAGCACUCUGGCAGAUCUCUGUUGCAUGAUACUUUCUAAUAUGACUAGACCAUUUCAUCUAGUAGACAGAGUGAUAACACUUAUCGAACAAACAGGUUACUCCUGGGAUGAAAUAGUGGCUGCAUUUACUGCAAAGCAGUACAAUACUACAGGCGACAAAUUGCACUACCUUGGGCCUGUCUUUAGCAAUCUCAGUCAGUCGCCACAUGUUAGAAGGUAUUUGAUGGAUCGAGAUCGUUGCGUCAUUCAACGGCUCCUUCCGUUUACAGAAUAUUCUGCUAGCCUAAUUAGACGAGGUGGUGUCAUUGGGACUUUGAAAAAUUGCACUUUUGACAUAGAAAAUCACGAAUGGUUGCUGAGCCCGGAAGUAGAUUUAUUAUCACAUCUAUUGUUGCCACUUGCUGGCCCAGAAGAGUUUGACGACGAUGAUAACGAUAAAUUGCCAAUUAAUUUACAAUAUCUUCCUGAAACAAAAACUCGAGAAUCUGAUCCAGAUAUUAGACUUAUGCUUUUAGAAGCGUUAAAUCAACUUUGUGCAACAAAAGUAGCGAGAGAAAUAUUGAGAGAAAAAAAUACAUAUGUCAUACUUAGAGAGUUUCACAAAUGGGAAAAGAACAAGAGCUGUUUACUAGCAUGUGAAAAUAUCGUGGAUAUCUUGAUAAAAACUGAAGAAGAAAUCGGUUUAGAUAACUUGAAAGAGGUAGAGGUGCCGUCUGAGUACACGAAGACAUUUCAUAAAAUGGAUGAAGACUUUAUUAACAAUACAUAGAUAGUGCAAAAAUUUGUAUUAUAAAUAUGUAUAAUAUUUAUAAUAUUAUUCUAUAAGUAUUGCACAUACACAGUGUACAUAAUACUUAUCUAAUGAAGAAACAAACAUAAAAAAAGGUAAUUUAUAAUA